UUCCCAACAUGCACUGCGAGUCAGCAGCCCUCUAGACCAAAGGACGCAAAGGAUUGAGAUUAUAGCGGAAUUUCUCUGUCAGAGCAGCUAAAGAUGUCUGAAACUACUGAUGAGAAGAUCAAGAACUACAGGACGGCUCCUUUUGAUGCCAGAUUCCCCAACACCAACCAGACCCGCAACUGUUUCCAGAACUAUCUGGAUUUUCACAGAUGUAACAAAGCUCUGGCUGCCAAAGAUCAGGACACAGCUCCCUGCGAAUGGUACCAGAGGGUCUACAAGAGCCUCUGUCCCAUAGGCUGGGUUGAAAAAUGGGACGAGCAGGUGGAGGCGGGGAAUUUUCCUGGAAAGAUCUGAACCAAAACAUUCCUCGUGCAUUCCAUCGCACUCCAUCUUUCCUCAUCUCAUCUUAAUGUGAAUUAUCUCUUCUUCCUGUAUAGAAGUAACUGAAUAAAUUACACAAUUUUACUGUGAA